UUUAACAGAUGGAUAACCUCACUUUUUAUUUUACUCCGCUAUCAAUAAAUAAUUAUAUUCUUUAUUUUCUCUAUUUAUUUUAUAUUUAAAAGAGAAAAUAAUGGAGGUUAUGUGACGUUAUAUUCUCGAAAUAAUAACUAUUAUGAUCAUUGGUUUAUUUGGUGAUCGUGGGUCAAAAGUAAAUAGAAUAAAUUAUGAGUAACGGUGGCGUCAGGUACUGGAAGCGGCUGUGGCGAUGGACGGAGUCUGAAAGUCUUACAAAUGAAGAUUUAGUGUCUGUGCUUGGCGCCAAAGAUGUUAUUGAGGCUCUACGCCAGGGACUGUCCAGCUACAGGCCAAACAAACCGGAACUGUACAACCAACUGCAGACGAAGAAUGCAGAACACACAAAGCUAUUAGCUGUGGUCCAAAUUUUGCAACAUUACAUGAAUGUCGACUGCUUCCAAAUCUGGGAAAUAAUAAAGCACUAUUUAUGUGACAUUUCAUAUGGAACUCCUGAAAAUGCUCUUAAAAACAUCACUUUUGUUGAUACAAGACAGUCAUUCCUACUUCCAAAUAUUUGGAACUUUUAUUAUGCUGAAAGACUCUUCUUACUCAAACUCCUGCAAUAUAUCAUAGAAUUUAAAGAUGAGCCAGGACACAAAUAUCAAGAACAGUUUACAAAAAUUUUCUCUGAUUUAGGAUGUAACAAUGUUGUAGAAUCAUUGAUAUCUCAGUUUGAGAAACUUGUGACAGCAGCACCUCCAGCUAGAAAGAUCCAGAAUGACUUUUCAAGUGAUACAGUGAGGCAGGAAUGGGCAGAAAGCAACCUUCGUGAGCAAUCAACGAUAUUACAGAUCCUAUUGCUAAUAGUAAGCAGGAAUACCAUUACACCAGAACAGUUCAAUAAACUAAUGGUGUUGUUCAAGAAACACAGUUACGGGAAGAAUCAGGGCUUUAAUGAUUUCCUUGAAGAGAGACACAGGGACUUGUGUAUGAGUGUUAUGUACUUGGAAAUUUGCCUUUUCUUGGUUGUCAAUGAUAGCAAUGUUAUAAAGAACCCUUCAAGUUGGAUUGAGUCAACCAAACAGCAUGUAGAGUGUGAGCUUACCAAACUACAGUUGAAUGUUGAACACAGCCCCAUGCUCCUGUCAUGGAUGCUUCUCACAUUAAAGAGUGACCAGCACGCCAAGCUGUUUGAAAGCCAGUAUCAGCACUAUGGAUCUGUUGCACUCAAAAUGCAUGUUUUUGAAUUUAUACUACAAAUGCUAAAUACCUCAGUCUUUUCUGACAAAUCAAAAUGCUCACUGAUAAUACGGAAGCGAAUAUUCGCGCUUCUCAAUGAAUUGUGCGAUAAAUUCGACGGUGACGGAACCCUGAGCCACCAAUCGGGCGUCAUGCAGCUCUGUGCAGAACUCGUCAGAAAUCCCGAUAUAGCAGGGGAAUUUUGGAGACUCCACCAGAAUGAGAAGAACUUCGGAGUUGUGUCCCUUUGGAAUACGGCUUUGGAAUAUUUUCCGUUCAAUUUUACAGCCUUGUCUAUUUUGUCUGCUGGUUUGUCGGAAGCUGGGAAGAAUAGUGUUAUAAAUCUUCUAGCAGAACUGAAGGAUCUCCCAAUAUACACUGAAAUCUACAAACCCAAUGCAGUCUCACUCAUCUCCUUUCAAAUGGACGACACUACGAUUGGCCGAGAUUACUACCCUCUCGGCGACCCAUCCUACAAGAUAGAGGCAGGCUCCCGGGCUACCAUCAUGGAGAGAAAAGAAGGCACUAUGAUACACUUUAGAACACCUUACUCGUACUGGACGAUAUUUAAUAGUGAAAUCGAAAAAGCUUUGGAUCAGAAACAACACCAUCAACAUAACACUUCGGUAACUUUGCAGAAGAUUUAUGAAGGCACGAAAGUUUUGAAAGGUGUACUUUCGGCGUUGGCUUCUGAGAAGCAGAUCCCCAAAACCUUGUCAGUGUCGUGUUCGUGCGUGUUCGACGUGCUCGUGCGGUUCAUGCGCGCGGACUCGCCUGCGCUGCCGCUGCUGCUGCAGUGUCUGCAGGUCUGCAUCCAGCUCAUACCCGCCAUGCCCAAGGAGAUAUAUCUCAGACUAAGUAAUACGGGUCUCCUUCCACGCAUCAUAAACCAAAGGCUGACGCAUGUGGAGUAUGCAAAUGGGGUGUCUUUCGACUCUGCUGCAGUAGGGUCAUACCUGGUCACCAUUGAACAGCCAUCGGGCAAAUACGAAUUUUUGGGUGCCUAUAUUGAUAUGCUGUGUGCUUUUCACGAGGCUUCGAAUGAUGAACGCAUAACAUCAGAUGUGAUCCUACCAGGCUUAGUGCUUAUUUUGCGCGAAGUGUUCCCCAACGUUUGCAGUUGGCGGUACAGCGACCCGCACGAUCGACGCGACAUGUUGCGCCGGUGUGCUACAUUCUUGACCUUAGUUCUACAACAUAAUAAGGACACGAAUAAGAGUAUAGAGCUGUUGAAGCGCACGUGCUUGUAUAGUCUUUUGUACUCGGAGAAUGCUUUGGAGUUGUUGAAGAUCAUUUCUAUUGGUAACCAACAAUUAGAAAGGAUAAUGCAAGACGAAACGAACUGGACAUCGGGCAGCGGUUACCAAUACCUCACAACGUUACAGAGGUGUGUUGCCAUAGUUAUGUUCGCUCUUCGACUCAAGCCUUUGGUAGGGGGCGCCACUGAGAUGAGCCCGUUGGAACAUCUGAUAUUUGCUCAGAACAAGCAGAAGGAUUCACUGAAAGUGGUGCCUAAAGUGACUAGUUAUAUUAAUCAUGCGUUUAAUAAGAGUUUACCAGUGCUAUGCUGUCGGCUUUUGAAGAGGUUUGCUGAUAGUUUCCAAAUGUCGCUAUUCGCGUCUUUAGACAUGACUCCGUAUCAAGUGCGAGUGAUGUUCCUUGAUCGACUCAAGGACGAGUAUGAAUCCAUAGAGCUGAAGGUAGCCAUCUUGGAGUUUGUGGCCACGUGCGUUGGGAAGCAACCGGGACUAACUGAAGCAUUCUUCAUGAUCAACUAUGAGACGAAGAAGGACGAAAAAGAGAAGGAUGAUAGUUUCGAGGGCAUUUUGGGAUACAUGGCUGACUAUCUGGGCACUGUUAAGUCGGACGUAAAAUUACUUCACAGCCCACUACUUGCCUGUAUCAUGGGCUUGUUCCACGCGCUAUGGAAGAACAACAUGCAGAUAUUAGUGAAGAAGUUACGCGAGAAUCCAAAAUUCUGGGAACAUAUGACCAGCCCUCUGUUCAGCGAGAUACAACCUAACUUGAGAACGUACGCGCAAAUAUUCAACGUCCUCGGCAUCGAAUUGUUUGCGUCACGAGGAAAACCUGAACCAAAUCUUGUAGAAGUUUUGAACCAAUUUUUCGACACGAACAAAAAAUAUCUCGACACUUGGAUAGAUCAUAUAUUCUCUUUCAAAGGCAAGGAAGACGAUCAAGAAGUGGUCGAUAAGGUGCCAGUCUGGUUGGGACUUCUCACUUCGUGGAAAGACUUCACGACAAUUUUCUGCAAAUGCUCGCCUAUAAGUUUAAACAUCGCUCACAAAGCUAAGAUGGUCGCGCCGUGCAUGACCGCACUUCUGAACGAAAUAGACGACAUGAAAGAUAGCAGACUAGUGGUCAUACUUGCUGAACUCUACGUUAUAAUGCUGGCGAAUUGGAAAGACGAUUGUUUCGAUAAUCGCAAAGUCAGUGCAAAGCAAAUCGAUACUCUUCUCACAAAUACGGCUAUUGUGUACGAAUGCUUACAUCCUCGUGCCAUCCGCGCGAUCUUGUCUCUAGGAACUGUAGCUAUCAGCAGCUUGGAUUACGAAAUCAAAGCUAACAGCGUAACAGCUCAGAGCAUUGUAAGAGCCGUUACAAAUAUCAACAGUAUUGAGCUGGAAAAGUUGUUUGAUGACAUUGAAGAAGAACCGAAAGUCGAAACUAAUGGAGUCAAAGAGACAAUUCCUUCAGUGGUAUUAUCUUUAGCUAUGUUGGAACAAUGUCUAGAUUUGUAUGACGACAUGUUUUCGCAUUUAUCGCAAUGGUUCCAAUCGAGCAGAUUUGUCAACAAAUUGUUGUGUUGUCUACAAAUAAGUUUGCAAAAUAGACGUCAUUAUCACACCAGUUUAGCGGUUUUGAGAUGCCUCACGUCCUACUCAAGAGGUCCGUUCUCGAAGGAUUUGCUUAUGAGUGAUAUCGACCAAUUCCUAUGGAUGCAACUAUUGCCGCCAAAGUUUGAUUCUACAGAAGCACUGUCGUGGAAACCUCAGGAAUGGUGGAAGAUUUACGGGCACAGUUUGGACUUCAUAUCGAUGAUGGUGAUGAAACAUGGUCAAUUCUUCGCCAGCGAUGCCAUCACGUUUGUGGGUGUACACUUAGACCAUUUGAUAGAAGCCAUCUUGUUACCGCGACAAGUUUACAGUAUCGAUGCGCUGAAUGUAUGCGCAUCUACCUUGAAUUUAGUAGUGCAGUUAGUGAAAUUCGAAGCUAGGUGGCGCAUCCAGAAUAUUAAUUCACUGAUUGGAAUAAUGCGCAGUAUAAGUGCCUGUUUAUAUCAAUGUGUGACGCUGAUGCUGCGCUCGCGUCGCCCGUCCGACCCGACGCUACACACCACCGACGACGCCAUUGGCCAGCCGCCCUCCGCAUUACACAGAACAUUGGAAGUCCUCCACAUGUCAACUCUCUGCCUACUAGCGUUCAGCCCGGAUCUGCUUUCCUUGCUGGCCGAUCCAGGGCUGGACCUAGAACGAUGGCAGCCCCUGGUGGAACUCCACUUUGGCGCCCCCAAGAUCUCCUACGAGCCAUUCCCGCAACUCACCUUCGGCACGCUGUUGUCAGCUAUAUGUUUAUUGACGAGAUCUCUUAACCACACGUACCACACGGAGGAGGCCGCGUCGCCGCGCCGCCGGCGCGCGUGCUGCAGCUGCAGCCCCGACCACAAGCGCUCAGACUCGCUCACCAGCGUCAGCUCCGCCGCCUCCGCCUUGCCCGGCCUCGACGAGAGGCUGGUCGCCGGCGCGCUGGAGGCCAUCGCUACGCUGCUGGCCUCGCAGGCGCUGUUAGCAGUUCGCGAUCCGAGCGUCCCGUCCCGCCACAAGCAACUCAUCCGCCGCGAGCUGGGCUCUGAAGUGACUCCAUUCCACGACUUCGUGCGCAAGCGCAUACUCUGCGCCGCGCACGCUCGCCCGUAUCUCGUCCGGAAUAAAAUCGACGCGUGGCCUCUGCAACCCAACGAAGAAGAAAUGAAAAGAAUCGAGGAAGCGCGGAAAGAACGCAACUUGACAGAUGAAAAGGACGACAGAUCGCUGCCUCCACCGCCGCCGCCGAAGCGAGCUAGCCAUGAUUCUAUGAGAGAGUAUAUACUUCGAAAGCAUUAUCUCAAUAAAUGCGCUGAAACUCCAACUAAAGGACCUCCUUCGCCCGUGUCUCAUUCCACACCAGCUCCGGAUAAGAAGAAAGAUACGUCUCGGAGUUCAAAACGCGUGUCCUGGGCCGACACCACACCCGAUAGUGAUGAGAGUCUGGACAGCUCGCUGGAGGAAAUUGAACCUGUCUAUUCGAACUUGACUGACGUACAAAUAAAUAAUGACGAAGAUUAUUUCCAUUUCAUGUCUGUUGCGUUCCUUUAUAUUUGCCAGACUGAAUUGUAAUUUUCGUGCUAAGUGAAAAAGGUGGAGAUACUCAUUGCUUCGUAAUAAAAUAUUUUUAAAAUCAA